GCCGGAGCGACGGCGCGCCGCUGGUGUCAAGCGGAAGAUGGCGGCGUCCAGGGGAGGCUGAGGGCUCUGGGGAGGUGGUGAGCGGUUUCCGUACAGCCCGAGCGUGCGGCUUGGGGAUCCCUUCACUCUGCUUCCUGCUCUCAGGUUUCGCGCGGGUCGUCCUCCCAGGCUCUCGGGCGCGAUGUGGAGGAGCUGCCUCCGGCUGCGGGACGCGGGGCGCCGCCUCCUGAACCAGCCUCGGGGUGCCCUCACCGCCUCCGUGGGGCCGGAGCCAAACCCCCUGUCCCCUGCCCGGGCCUAUGCCCCCCCAACAGAAAGGAAGAGGUUUUAUCAGAAUGUCAGCAUCACACAGGGUGAAGGUGGCUUUGAGAUAAACCUGGACCACAGGAAGCUGAAAACUCCCCAAGCCAAGCUCUUUACCGUCCCCAGCGAGGCCCUGGCCAUCGCAGUGGCCACUGAAUGGGACUCCCAGCAGGACACCAUCAAGUUCUACACCAUGCACCUGACCACAUUGUGCAACACGUCUCUAGACAACCCUACCCAGCGAAACAAGGACCAGCUGAUCCAGGCGGCUGUGAAGUUUCUGGACACCGACACCAUCUGCUACAGGGUGGAUGAGCCAGCGACGUUAGUGGAACUUCAAAGGAACGAGUGGGACCCGAUCAUCGAAUGGGCCGAAGAAAGAUACGAUGUGGAGAUCGGCUCCUCCACCAGCAUAAUGGGGCCCAGCAUCCCAGCCAGGACUCGGGAAGUGCUCACCAGCCACCUGGCCUCUUACAACAUGUGGGCCCUACAAGGGAUUGAGUUUGUGGUGACCCAGCUCAAGUCCAUGGUGUUGACCUUGGGCCUGAUUGAUCGGCACCUGACAGUGGAGCAGGCCGUGCUGCUGUCACGCCUGGAGGAGGAGUACCAGAUGGGGGCUCUGGCCGGUUGGCACGCGGACACUUGGCCAGUCACCCAGCGGCAUGUCACGUCCUCCCCUCAGAUCCAGAAGUGGGGCAACAUCGAGUGGGCCCACGACUACGAGCUGCGGGAGCUGCGGGCGCGCACGGCCGCCGGCACCCUCUUCGUCCACCUCUGUUCCGAGAGCGCCACGGUGAAACACAAGCUCCUGCAGCAGUGAGGCGGGGCGGGCAGUCCCAGCGGGACAGAGGCUGCACGCACGGCCACAGACGCCCCAGCUUGGCGCUGCCCCGAGAUGCCCCCGGGACCCAGAGCGGCUGUCGAGGUCCAAGCUGGGUGCCCCCGCCCCGGCCGGCAGCCAGCGAGCCGGCCAAGCAAACCAGUGACUUCCUCCCAACCUGAUUUUAUUAAAUAUUUCUCUCCCCUGGAAA